AAAUUAGUGUGGUAACUUUUAUCACAAAGUGAUUUUUAAAAAUUAUUUUCUGUUUAUGUCUCCCUAAUGUACUUAGGCUGUCAUUGACAUCUUCAUGGUUAUUUUUUAUAUCAAUGUAGUUACAUGAUAAAUAAAAAUUUCUUAUUUUUUUUAUUAAAAAAGCCAAUUAUUUGAUAGAAAUAUCAUAACCUGAAUUUGAAUUUAGUUGAAUGUUUUACAAAUAUUUAACUAAAUCUCUAGCAAAUUCUUAGAAUGACAUGAUAUUCCAAGUAAAUGUACAUCUAUGUAUGUUUAUAUGUGUAUCCAUAGGUGUAUAUAUUUGUAGGCUUCAUAUUUUCCUAGAGAGGUAACCUUAACAACUACUUAACCUAGUCAUAUCUUCUAGUAGUUUUCUUUCCUUUCUGACAGUAUAUGAAUAGGGUUAAAAGGCACUGUUUUGGUAAUACAUUGUCUUCACCCACUUUUGGUAGAAAAUCCCUAUUGAGCAAUUUACUGGAUAUGACCAGUCCCUUCCUCAUUCCUCAAACAAGCGGCAGUGACAAUGGAAAGGAAAGGAAAUAAAAAAAUGGUAGUUCCUUAAGCCCUGACUUACAGAAAACCUGCUUAUACUGAUUAUCAGAUUCUGCUGUUAUCCUCUUUUCGAAUACCCUUCUUCUGUUCCCAACCCCACCAUGCUAUAUUCAUUUCUUCAAUCUUAUUCAACAGCCAGUUUGGCAUAGUAGUAAAGACAACAGGUUAAAAAGAGGGGAAGUUUUUUUCUCCACAAUAACAACCCUGUGAAAUACAUUGGGUGACCCAAAGUCACCAAUGAGCUCACAUGACUUAGGGUGGACUUGUACUUGUUUCUCUCCAGUCCUAGUCUAACAUUUCAGUUUCUAUACCAGGGGUGAAAUGCUCCUGGUUCGUACCAGAUUGGCUGAUCCGGUAGUGAUGGCGGUGGGUGGUUCGGAGAACCGGUAGUAAAAAUCCCUCUCCCCGCCCAUGCCCAGGUGAGCCACGAGAUCGUUAGAGCCUUUUUUUAACUUUUAAAAGCAUUUUUUUACAAUCUAUUCGGCCGAAUAGGUUGUAAAAAAUGCUUUUAAAAGGUUAAAAAAAGGGUCUUACGAUUACAGCUGAGCCACGUGAUCAUCAGAGCCUUUUUAAAACUUUUAAAAGCAUUUUUUACAACCUAUUCUGCUGAAGAGGUUGUAAAAAAUGCUUUUAAAAGUAAAAAAAAGAUCGCACGCCACAGCUGAUCACCCCCCUCCCCCCACUCAUUGUUCUACUUACCCAUGCCUCCUUUUGGCAUGUACUGCAUGUGUGCACAGCAAACAAACCAGUAGUAAACCAGUUCAGAUUUCACCACUGUUCUAUACUACAGUUGGGUUAUUGGUUACUCAGUUAAUCUGAACUACAAGAAGUAUGCCUGUUGCCUUGACUUUAUUUGACAUACUAUUCUUGAAAUGUUAUAAAGAGUCACCUUAAAUAAGCUAUUAGUGUGACUCCAUAUAGUAUAUCUUAGUACAGUCAAAUCUGGAAUUGAAAUUUUAUGGUUGCUUGUUAAGAUAUGUCAGCCUGUAACUUGCUAUUUUGGAAUAGUAUGGAGAUGUGUUGAAAGACUGAACCUGAAUUACAUCCUGUCAUUCAAUAUUGCAUUACCAUCUUCUUUUCCAUAAAUUACAUCCUUUAGAAUAAUUACUAAAUUCUUGCAUGAAGGUCAUUUGAAGAUCUUACUAUUUAUUUGUUUUAAUCUCAAGUAACUUUGGGUGGAUAGAAAUACAGUCAACGCUCCCCCCAAUAAAUUGAUAAUUGGCAGCCAAAAUAAAAACAAUAACAAAAUCAAAUAUAAGUAGACAUAUAGUACAAAUAUUUCAAUAAAAUUAAUAUAAUUCCCAGUCUGGGAACCAAGCCCUUUCUUCAGGUCCUUGUGAAAGACCAACAGGUUUUAACAAAUGUUAAAAUAUAUAAGCCCUUGCUGAGAUUAAUUUUUAAAAAAUGUUCUUGUGUAUUGCAAAGAUGAAAUUGCAGAUUUGUUUUAGAGGAUUAGAUGUAGUGAUUUAAUGCAUCUGGUUUUUACUAACCAACUGGUGAUGAAGAUGGAUUUUAUUAAGGGUUUGAAAGGGACCAACGUAGUAAUGUAAAACCUUCCAUGGUUCUCCAGUGAUAGCAGGACAUUCUUUGUGCUCUCUGAAGAAAAAGACGCUCCUAAUGUUUUCUUUACUCUAUCUCUAACAUUAAUGGUAUGCAGUCAAACACAGCUCUCUCAGUGUCAUUUUUUGGGUGAUCCUAAAGAUUGAGCGAGCUUAAACAUUUGGAAAUUUUGCUUUUGGGGAGGUAGGUUUAAACUUUUCAAAUGUUUAAGGCCAUCAUUUUACUCCUUAAAUUCUGAAAGUGCUUCCUGAAAUGUGUCUUAAUCCUGUCCAGUGUUUGAAUUGUGGCUGUUGAUUUGCCUGUGUCUGAAAACCUCUUGAAAGGAUGAUAUUUGUGCAACUGUAUUGUAUUGGGUCGGAGGGCCACAUCAACUUCCAGCUGCUGGGAUGCUGUUGAUGUCUCUUUCUGCUACUAUUUUUUUUUUAAAGAAAAAAUUGCUUUACUAUAAUGUAGUUAUAUUUUGGCAGCAUGUAAUUGUUGUCAAGUGAUUUGGCAGUUGUAAUUGAUGUAUUCAAAUGGCAUGCUGCUCCAUAGUCUCAUGAAGACUUAUACACACAGAUCAGUAUUUAAAAAACUGCAGUUAAAAAUGUGUCGCUAUAAAAAGAUCUUUCAUUAUUUAUUUGCUGACAUACAUUGCUUAAUGAUUAUUUGUAAAUGUUAUUGCACUGAAUUCUACAAUCUAUAAUAAUUCUUUAAAAUAUUUUAAUUACAUCUCUAAUUCAGUCUAGUGAUAUGCUGUUCCAAUCUAAUACUGCUGCUUUUCAUGGAAACAUCUCAAAGGGAACGGUCAACCAAUAUAUCUUUCUUUUGUAGAUUAUCAUUAACCUAGUGGACCAGACUGGACGAGAAAAAAUUAUUGGUGAUGCUUAUCUUAAACAAGUUUUAUUGUAUAAUAAUCCAAGCCUUACUUAUGUGUCAUUUGAUUUCCAUGAACAUUGCCGUGGAAUGAAGUUUGAAAAUGUUCAAACCCUUACGGAUGCCAUUUCUGAUAUAAUCACUGAUGUAAAGUGGUGCUGGGUGGACCAAGCUGGUGUAAUUUGUAAACAGGAAGGAAUUUUCCGUGUUAAUUGUAUGGAUUGUCUGGAUCGAACCAACGUUGUUCAAGCAGCAAUUGCUCGCGCCAUUAUGGAACAGCAGCUAAAAAAAUUAGGUGUGAUGCCUCCAGAACAAGCCUUGCCAGUGAAGUGCAAUAGAAUUUAUCAGAUCAUAUGGGCUAACAACGGUGAUGCUAUAAGCAGACAAUAUGCUGGAACAGCAGCUUUAAAGGGUGACUUCACAAGGACUGGUGAAAGGAAGCUGGCAGGAGUUAUGAAAGAUGGUGUUAACUCUGCAAACAGAUACUACUUAAACCGCUUCAGAGAUGCUUAUAGACAAGCAGUCAUAGAUUUAAUGCAGGGUAUUCCUGUGACAGAAGAUCUAUAUUCCAUAUUUACCAAAGAAAAAGAGCAUGAAGCCUUGCACAAGGAAAAUUUGAGGACUCAUCAGGAAUUGAUUAGCCAAUUACUGCAGAGUUACAUGAAAUUGCUUUUACCAGACGAUGAAAAAUUUCAUGGUGGUUGGGCACUGAUUGACUGUGAUCCCAGCCUUAUUGAUGCUACUCACAGAGAUAUGGAUGUUCUUCUUCUACUUUCUAAUACUGCAUACUACGUAGCCUACUAUGAUGAUGAAAUAGAUAAAGUCAAUCAGUAUCAAAGGCUGAGCCUUGAAAAUUUGGAAAAGAUAGAAAUAGGACCCGAACCAACAUUCUUUGGAAAACCCAAGUUCUCAUGCAUGAGACUUCAUCAUAAAUACAAAGAUACAAGUGGGUAUUUCCAUACUCUUAGAGCUGUCGUGCGCAGCCCUGAAGAGGAUGGAAAAGACACUCUUCAGUGCAUUGCAGAAAUGCUGCGAAUCACCAAGCAGGCCAUGGGAUUAGAUGUCCCUAUUAUUGAGAAAAAACUGGAGAGGAAGAGCAGCAGACCACAUGAGGACAUCAUUGGGAUCAGAUCCCAGAAUAGAGGUUCUUUGGCUCUGGGGAAGAAUUACUUAAUGAACAAGUUUUCAUCUCUUAAUCAAAAAGUGAAACAAACCAAAUCCAACGUAAAUAUCAGCAAUCUUAGAAAACUAGGAAACUUUACAAAGCCUGAAAUGAAAGUAAAUUUCUUAAAGCCCAAUCUGAAAGUAAAUCUUUGGAAAUCUGACAGUAGUCUUGAAACCAUGGAAAAUGCCAUGACGGAUACUAAUGCCAAUAUAGAAUCGGAUAUUGAGAUCUCAUCUGAUAAUGACUCGUUCCAUUCAGAUGAUUUCCUGACAAAUUCCAGAUCUGACGACGACCAGCAAUUCAUGGACUCUUUAGAGAACGGACAGAUAGAUUAUGUCUUACCUAGUUGUGGUAUCAUUGCAUCUGCUCCUCGGUUAAAUAGUCGGUCCCAAUCUGUGAGCAGCACUGAUAUCAAUAUUAGCAUUCCUGUUCCAUCAGACAUCCAUGUUGUAAAAUCUGGACACCAAAUGAACAAUGAACGUGAAGGCAAAACUUUUCAAGAAGUUCUUUCUGCUGAAAAUACAACACUAGAUGUCACUAAACAGAUUGAUGUUUACUGUCACAGAUUUGUCCAGGAUGCUAAAAUUAAGAUGAACAACAGUGUUUCAGAAUGUGAGAGGGGUUCUCGAGAACUCCCAGAAGUGGCGCAUAAUAUUAGCAAUAAUGCUCCUAAGGCAGCUGAUUGUCUGGGAACUAAUAAGGCUCCUUCUAGACCAUCUAAACUGGAUGUAUCAUUUUCAGAGACAGGACCACAAUAUUUAGUGGUUGAGCAGAUGAAUUUAUUUAAAUCUCCUAAAAGCCCAGGCUCAUCUAUUGUUCUUGAAGCUGAGCCAGGGUUUCAUGCAACUCCUUCACCAGCAGAGAAUAAUGGUAGCAGGGCCGUCUCUCCCUUUGCAAAAAUACGCAAUUCAAUGGCACAGGUAGCUAACAUUACACAAGCUGGCUUAACCCAAGGAAUCAACUUUGCUGUGGCUAAAGUGCAGAAGAGCCCAGCUGAACCAGAAACUAUUAAUGAAAGUCAGCAAAAUGAAUUGAAAGAAAUGUUUACCCAGUGUCAAACAAGAAUAAUUCAGAUUUAGAGCUUAAGAUCCCAUUGUAUAUACUAUUGAAUAAAUAUUGUGUGUAACAUAAUUUCUAGGGAAGAGCAAACUGAGUAGUGUUAUUAAGAAUACCAGUAACAAUGUUUACAGAAACCAAUGGGAGAAAUUAGUUAUGUUUUGAACAGGUUUCAGAACUGUUUUGUAGCAAGUAAGCGACGGUAAAUUAUACUAAGCAGGUAACUCGCACAGCAAUUGUUGAAGUGCAUGCUCUUCGUUUAGGUGAUCGGAUGCACAAUUAUAUCUUUUGGGGCAAGUUUUUUAUAAGUCUUCAGAUUUGUGUAGAAUAUUUAUAUUAAGGGUCUGGUACUAAACACCUGUUACCUUAUUAAUCUUGCACUGUACCAGUGAAUAUUUUACUCAUAGAUGGCAUUCUAUUUAUUUUUCUCCAGAUUUUUUUAAUUUAAUUUUUUAAACAUUUGAGUUCCUUGAACAGGUUUCAUUCCUAAGGAAAUGGUCACUGCAGAGGGAGUAUUUAAAAAAAUGCUUAGGCAUUUAUUUUCCCUUUCCUUCACCAGUUCCUUGCUUCUUUCUACCUCUGUUGGUUUAGUAGUUAUGGUGUCUAGAAGUAUGUUUGUUAAAGCUUUCAGGGCAGCUGCUGAAAGGGCUUUUCUAGCUAAAAAAAAAAAAAUCCCCUUUUAAAAAUAAAAUCAAUGUGUCUGGAAACCAUAAUGCAUUAUUUUCCAAGAAACUAGUUGCAUAUUCUUAGAGCGUAGUCUUUUCUGGAACAAAGCAAAAUUCUUAAGCUUGAUAUCAAAUUCUGAUUAAAAAUAUAUCCCUAUGAGGAGGUAUUACCUAAACGUAUGCAAGGGAUCAUUUUCAGUAAUAUAACUGACAACAUAUUCCUCCAUAAUACCUUACCUUACUCUCCUGUCUAAAAUGUGAUCAGUGCAAUGUGUUUCAGAAGUUACUGUAGCUAUAAUCUUAACAUCAGUUUUAGCAGAGAAAUGAAUUUGUUUAAAUACUAGCUCAUUUCUUAGAAGCAUGCUGUUGUUGCCCAGAACAGUCUUGUGAUGGAUGAACUACAAAAGAAUGUAGCAGCAGAAACAACAAUGAAUGCAAUCUUGUUCCUUCAUAAACUGUCCUUAUUCUAGAAGUUGGGUUUCUGUUAGUACACGUGUACUAUAGCUAGAUUGCAUGUAGUGUUCUGAACAGUUGAGUCAAUUAUAAUAUGUCUGAGUGUCUCUACUAUAUCAGGAGCGAUAACUUACUUAAGCUGUGUUUUGUGUGAUACUUUUGUACUGUUUGUAUUUUGUUAUUUAUUAAUACUUUAAUGUGUGUUCUUUUGAGUACCUAUACAUUUAAGUAUAUUUAGAAUAAAACUGUAUUGUUUUAAUGUGGGAGACAAGAGCUAUUUUAAUAAAAAAAUAAAAUACUAUGCAUUUUGGCGUAUAUGAUUCAAGA